CGGGGAACUAGUCAGCUUGUGCCCACAGCUUCCAGCUUCUUUGACAUCUCUGAAUGCCCGCAGCCUCGCAGCUUGAGGAGCAUGUCUCAGGAGGUCUCAUUGGAACGGAUGCUUUGGGAUGCAUCCUUUGAGAGCUUUGUUGCUGCUUCUUCAGGUCGCAGCAUCGGCCAGCUGCGAUGCAAACGCUGCACUGUCAAAGUGCGAACAGGUGGAGAAGAUCUCCAUUGCCAGUGGCGCUGCAGAGUGCGAAUAUCGACGGGUCUUCUACACCUGCAUGCUACAAGAGGGGUGCUAUUACAACCCAGCCUGCAAUGAUGGUUUCACCGCCGUGCAUUGCUCCGAGCUUUGCGCGGCGGAGCCCCUCUUAGCCACUUGCGUGGAGACGCCAAAUCGACCAGCACCGCAGGACUAUCAUCUUUGUCCACAUCUUCCGAAGGACUUGGUUACCACUGCGCCACCAACCUUAGAGGAUUUCUUGGCGGCCCCUGCACUGCCCUACACCUUCACCGUUUGGAUCUCCUUCAGAGCAGUGGAAAGCGCCGACCCUGCCAGCCUCUUGCCAGCCUUGCUACCAGCUGCAAUCGGGAAAUCUCUCGGGAGUUUCUUCCAGCUGGAUCCUUUGGCGGUGGUCGUGCAGGAGAUGAGUCACAGCAAGGGUGCGUUGACCUUGCCGGGCUCUGUGGCAGCUCCCACUUGGACGCAGCAUACGUCCUUCAUCUCGCUGAACAUCCAUAUCCGCAAUGUCAGCGACAUUCAAAGGAUGCAGACGCUCGUUGAUUCGACCCUCGUUGGGAGUUUCCAGACGGAGGCGCGAGAUGGCUUGGAUGCUUUGGAAGAACGCCUGGCCCAGGAGCUCGACUCCGUUUUCCCUGAAGCCUCCAAUCUUCAGUUGGCGCGCUUGCAGAUCCAGGCCAUCACCGGCCUCACCAGCGACUUUCCCGCGCUCGCAGAGACCACGACGGAGCUGACGACCACCACCGAGGUGCCAAAGCUCCAGUUGCAGAGGUGGAACGCCUGGCGCGUGCGUUGCAUGGAGGGUGUGGUGUACCGAUGGGAGGUCGCGGAGCUUCAGCUCUGGGCCUCCGACUGCCCGGCACCGAGCUCGGCGCACACCGACCGCCCGCACCUGCUGCGGGGCGCAGGCUACAGGGCCAUCAGCUCCCCGAGUUUCGCGGAGUUUCUGCCCGAGAACGCCUUUGAUGGAGAACCGAAUCUCCAGCGCACCGCGUGGCUCACCGCCUGUGUGGGCUGCAGCAGCGGUGAGACCUGGAUCGGUCUCCAGGGCGAGGAGCCCUUCCGCGUGGCCUGCGUGGUGCUUUGGCAGGGGCAGAGCGGCACGAGCAUGUGUAGUCGCACCGUGGUGGAAGCCUCGGACAGUCUGACCACCUGGGAAGUGCAGGGUGAGAUGGACGAACUAAACGAGGUGCAGACCCUUUGCGUUCCACGAAGGCCACAGGACUUCCCGGACCUGAACUGUGGCAGUCUUAGCUGACGGGAAGAGGAGAUGGUUGUGGAAAAGAAGGAUUCAUCGAGGGAGAUGGUUGGCACUGCAAGUCGUUUUGCUCUAACCUGCUUUCCUGUUAUAAAUCUGUGAUGCUUUUCUUUCUGCAUGGUUGUUUUUGUUUCAAUCUUUUUUGCAGGAUCUUUUUCUGUCUAUUGGACUGUCCGUCUCACUUGUUAUAAAUAUGAGAACUGUUGCAACAGAGAAGACCGGGCGACUCGCACGCAGCGAGACGGGAAGGUCGCG